AUAUUUCGCACUCUCCAGUAAAUUCUAAUGAUACUCCUAAACAGAUAGUGCCACAAUGUGAUGAGUCAGAGACUCGUGGUUAUACCACUGAUACCCCGAUAUCUGAUAUAACUGAUAAUACUUUAAAUUCUAACGAUACUCAUGAACAGAUAGUCUCACAUAACAUAUCUAGCCACGAAGUGACUGCCUCCGGCAAUUCCAAUACACAACAGGAAUUAGAGACCUCAACAUCUCCUAUCCCUGCAGAAACCAUAUCAUUGGAAGAGAAAGAAGAAAAUGAAUUCCUGGAUUCAACGUAUAAGGAACAGGUUAAACCAAAUCAUGACCUUAUUCGUGCAGAACUUUCAGCCUUAAGACCUGGGGAUUUACCAACAGCAGUAAAAGGACAUCGUGAAUGGAAUAAAAUUUCUGAUUGCUAUGGACUUGAUUCAUCUCCAGCAGUAGAGGCUUAUAUAGAGGUUGAAUAUCAGAGACGUUUAUCAGUUAAAUACUUUCCGGAAAUUCUUUGUAGUCUUAUUGCUAAAGAGACCAGCUUGGCAAAAGUUACUCAUGUAGAAGUAUCUAAUACAAUCAAGAAAGUUGCAAAAAAAAUUGAAGUUGCUGAUGCUGAAUUAAUAGCUAAUUCCCCAGAUAUUAGUUCCAAUGAAGCUGAAAUGCUUAAGCUAAAUCCUAUACGUUCUUUUACUGAUAAUAUGAUUCUACAACAGCAUUAUUUAUGGAAAAUUUAUGCUUCAGGUGACAUAGGAGAUUUUGUAAAAAUAUUCAACAAUUCCAAACCUUUACAACAUUUUAGAAGACUUGCCUAUUUCCGAAGACAAGGUUCUAAUGCGAUAAAAGCUUUGGAAAAUUUAAAAUUCAAAGAAACCAUACAAUGGGAGGAAUCACAAGAUUCUUUGGAUCCAGCCUCAAACAAUUUGCAUAAAUAUUAUUCAGUAAAACAAUGGGAAGCUGUUCAUAACCUUUUCCAAUCAUUGGGUUUUACCGGCAUAGAUGAUGAGCGCAUUCUCUCAGGCAAUGAUGUGGCAAAAGCAUUCGAAGAAUUGCAGGAAAAAAUCAUUAAAAUUCGACAAGAUGCAUUAUUACUCUUCGGAUUUAAAUCUCAGGCCAAAGGAACACCUGAUCUCAAUGCUACAAUAAAAUUCAUCAAUGCGGUAGUGGGUAAUUGGUGCGGUUAUGCUAUCAAGAGUAAACGAAAAAGAGAAGGACCUGAGGGUCAACAAGUAUGGAAACAAAUUUAUUGGAUUGACCACAAACCAUACAGUGGAACUGGUUUUAAUAAAGCGAGAGCUCCGAUUCUUCCACCAUAUGAACCAGAAUCAGUCAAUGAAAUUCAAGAACUCUUUGAUUUGAUACCUAUUACCGAUACUAACUCAAAAUUUACCGAUUAA